GCCUUUUAUCUUUCUUCUCUCCCACUCCAAGAAGUUCCAGUGUGUCAGCUUUCACGAAUUCCAAGGAUGGCUUGCCGCCUGAGAUCGGCUAGCAUGCCUUCGAGCCCUCAUUCCAGGGAGACCAAUGUUGAGGAACAGAUUCUAUGCCUGAAAGCAGCCAUCUCUCUGCCUUCAGUGACUGUCGAAACCGUAUUCGAUGAUCUGAGCAAGCUCGGGAGCAUCUACAACCACAUCGACGCACUCACAUGCUUGCCCAGGAGCCAGAGGAAGGCAGUGGAGGAGGAGGUUGAGCACUCCCUCGUCCUGCUCGACCUCUGCAGCAUUGUGCAAGAGAGCUUUGUUGAACUCAAGGCCUGUGUCCAGGAGAUACAGUUGGCUCUGAAACGAGGUGAUCACACAGCUGCCCAUACCAAGAUUCAGUGCUAUGUGCGCUCGGCCAAGAAGGCACAGAAGCUGUUCAAGAAGGUCAACAAGAAGACUGUCUCUGACAUCGAAGGAUGCUGGGUGAUCAAUCUGGUUGCUGGAGCGAGGGAGAUUGCUGCGUUGAUCCUUGAAUCGACAUUGCAUCUCCUGUCAAAGCAAAUUGUGGUCACAAGUUCUAGCAAGUGGUCACUUGUUUCCAAGUCAUUCCGAAAGAAGUGUGUCAUAUGUGAGGCAGAACAAUUGCAAGGGUUGGAGCUGGACAUUGUUGAACUUGAGAGCAGAGUAGGGACAUUGUUCAGGAAGUUGAUCCAAAGCAGAGUGUCUCUUCUUAAUGCUCUUAGCUUGUAGACAGACCAUACAACAAGUCUGACCCCCUGUCGCCUUUUAGAGGAUUCGCUGAUAUCCAAACAAUUUUGUGUGCACAUACACAGGAGAAAAUGUACAGAAAAUUACUCAAUGAGAGAUAGUUUUUCAUCCA